AAAAGUGAAAAGUGGCAAUUAAAAAGGGGGUUUUCAAGGGUUUUGCAUCUCCUUUGUGUCUUGUUUGAAUGUACUCCAGCAGCCAUGAAUCGCAGCAAGAGAAUUCUGAGUUCACUUCAAUUAAGGAAAUCUCCGUUUUACCCUCAGCUUUCAGGAGCUCCUUCCUUCAACCAUCAGGUGACUCGCCACUUUUACCUUCCUCCUUCCCUUACCACCACCUAUUGUAGUACACCGUGCUGUCCUUUUACUACUACUAGUGCUCUCUCUGUCAGUCAAACGCUCUUCUUUUCAUCGACACCGGAAAAUUUUGUCGACAUUAUACUAUCCAAUGACUGGUCCAAACAGUUGGAAAAUGAUUUAGGAAAACUUGAUUUUACACUCAAACAUGAAGCUGUUAUGUAUUUAUUGAAGAAACUGGAUAAAGAACCGAGAAAAGCUGGGGAUUUCUUGAAAUGGGUUGUUAAGCAAAAGGGGUUUCAACCUAGUUCUUCUAUGUAUAGUUUAAUGCUAAGAAUUUAUGCUAAUAGGGAUUCAAUGAAGGAUUUCUGGACAAUUAUUAAGGAAAUGAAAGAGAAUGGGUUUUAUAUUGAUGAGGAAACGUAUAAAUCGAUUCAUUCUAUUUUUCGGAAUUUGAAAAUGGAAACUGAUGCUACUGCUUUGAGGCAUUUUUAUGGGAGGAUGAUUAAAGACAAUGCUAUGGGUGAUUUGGUGAAAGAUGUGUGUGGAUUGAUUACGAAACAAGAAUGGGGGGUUGAGGUGGAGAGACAAUUAGGGGAUAUGAAACUCGUGGUGUCGGAUAAUUUUGUGCUUAGGGUGUUGAAGGAAAUUAGAGAAGUACGAUAUCCGUUAAAAGCUUUCAGCUUUUUCAAAUGGGUUGCUAGGGAUUUGGGUUUUCAGCACAAUACUGUUACUUAUAAUGGGAUUCUGAGGGUUCUUUGUCGAGAAGAGUCGAUUGAGGAGUUUUGGGGUGUGGUAAAAGAGAUGAAGAGCUUGGGUUUUGAAAUAGAUCUUGAUACAUAUAUAAAGAUCUCAAGACAUUUUCAGAAGAUUAAGAUGUUGAAAGAUGCAGUAGAACUAUAUGAGUUGAUGAUGGAUGGUCAGUUUAAACCGUCACUUGGCGAGUGCAAUAUUCUUUUAAGAUCCAUUGCACAGUCACAUCCCUCAAAUCUUGAUUUGAUAUUUAGAGUUGUGGAAAAAUUUGAGGCCGCAGGUCAUUCACGCUCAAAGAUUAUUUAUGAUGUCAUUCAUAGGUGUUACACAACCUUGGGGCGAUUUGAGGAAGCAGAGAAGGUAACAGAAGCUAUGAGAGAUUCAGGAUUUGAACCCGACAAUAUUACGUACAGCCAAUUAAUAUAUGGACUUUGCAAAGUGAGGAGGCUGGAGGAGGCAUCAAAGGUGAUAGAUGUGAUGGAAGAAUGUGGAUGCAUUCCAGAUAUAAAGACUUGGACUGUUCUGAUUCAAGGACAUUGUUUUGCUGGUGAAGUUGAUAAAGCGCUGUUUUGUUUUGCUAAGAUGAUGGAGAGAAAUGUUGAUACAGAUGCUGAUCUGUUGGAUGUACUUCUUAAUGGUUUUAUAAGUCAAAGAAGAGUUUUUGGUGCAUAUCAGUUAUUGACCGAGCUGGUGAGUAAGUUUCAAAUGCGCCCCUGGCAAGCAACGUACAAACUUAUCAUUCAAAAGCUCUUAGGGGAAAGGAAACUCGAAGAAGCGCUAGAUCUUCUCCGUCGGAUGAAGAAACACAAUUAUCCACCUUUUCCAGAACCCUUUCAUCGAUACAUUUCAAAGUCAGGAACAGUGGAAGAUGCAGUGGAGUUUUUGAAGACGUUGAGCUUCAAGGACUAUCCAUCUGUUUCAGCCUACCAACAUGUUUUCCGGUCCUUCUUUGCAGAAGGUAGACAUUCUGAGGCAAAAGAUCUGCUCUAUAAGUGCCCACAUCAUAUUCGCCAACACCCAGCAAUUUGUGGCCUCUUUGGUUCUUCAAAUUCUAACAGUGGAAAAGUGAAAAGGUUCUCCCAGGAGAGCUCGACCUCUGCUUAGGCACAAAGUGAAAUUAGUAAAAUCUGAGAGGACGAUUGAAGUUAGUAUCUGAUAAGAGCCCCCGAUGCUAACCUUGCCAGGUUCUUCAACUUGAAAAGAUAAAUACACAAGUUAAUCAGAUAGCUCCGGAUGUCAUUAUAUUAGGUGGUUCAAUCAAUGCAUGCAAAAGUCUUGCCAGGUUCACACCUUUAAGAUCUUCCACUCAGAACCUGAAUACGGAUUGUUUUCUUCCUCGACUGUUUGUUGGAUUUUCAAGAAUUGCUUCGCUACCUAUGAUAGCAAAUGUAAGACUAUAACCAUUAGCUGAAACCAUGAUGAACCGUCAUCCAAAGGAAACUGUUUGAACAAAAGAGUCAAAGUCAUCAAGUCGGCCCAGAUCUAUGCUGGUGGGGAGGUAGCAGGUAUGAGGUAGCCCGUGGAAUUAGUCGAGGUGCCUGCAAGUUGGACCAGACACCACUGUUAAUUUUUUUAAUUAAAAAGGAAGAACAAAGAGUCAAAGUUUCUGGAUUUAGCGGACAGUGUUGGUCGGACUGGUUUUGUAAAUAUUGCUUGUGGUGAUUAAUGAAAGUUACUAGUUACAAAAAGAAGAGUCAAAGUCCUCAAAAAGGCAAACUAGAGUAACCAAAGCAUCUUAUCAAAUAUAAGACACGAAAUUGCAGGCUGUUGCACAAUUUUCUUGAUGGCAACAUGUUUUGGUGCCUAAACCAGAAGUGUCUUGAGUUUCUUUCUGCUUCUGCUUCCAGCCUGAUGAUUGAACUGAUGGAAUUUCUGAAACUAGCAGUCAUUAACAUUGGAAACUACAACCCGCCUCGCUACAAUUGUUGUUUUCCGCGUUCACUCUGAACUGUCGAUUUUGGAGAUUAAGCUAAGAAGCUACUUCAGUUUGAGACGCCACCGCCAACAUGCAUCUGAGAAGUUCAGCUAUGGCCAUCACGUGAUUUUCAUUUGUAUUAUGCACACUCAAACAUGCAAUAUUAAUGCGUGUUAUAUCAUAUGUGUUAGCAGGUCGAAAAUUUAGUUGACAUUACUUUUCCUUUGUUUACCAUUUGUCAUUGGAAAAUUUCUAAAUUUUAUACAAAGAACUUAGUUCAUUUAUUAUAUUGGAUUUUCUGGAGUUUCUUGUUACUGGUUAAUAGGUUUAAAGUUCUUGUGCUACGUUAAAAGAGCCACUUAACUUCGUUUAAACUGCUCUUUUAGCUGCUUUUGGUUUUUUAACUCUUCCUUUUGCCAUUGAGUUUUGUUUACAACUA